GCUGGGUGCUGGAUGCUCUGCUCUGCUCUGCCGCCGUUAGUUGCGGAUAAGAAGCCGGCGCUGUUGGUUGUACUUUGGCGAGACGUGGAUAACUAAAUCGGCUGCGCUCGGCGCGGGAACGCGAACGCGAACGCGUGAGGCGAACGCUGUAUCUGUGAGUGCUGUGAGCUUGGAGUUGGAACGCUCAAACAGAGAACAAAACAAAGCAAAUAAAACAAAAAGAAAUCAUACUAAUAUUCUGCAAACAAGUCGAGCAAAACAGGCCAAUAUCGUACAAUUUGAAUACUGCUGACUGUGCUCGUGGCCUGGGCCAACACCAGCGGCAGAGGCAACAACAACAACGGCAACGAAAACACCAACAAAAUCCAGGCAGUGAGGAAAUGUAGACCGGGUGGGCCAAACUCGGAAAGAAACCUGCAACCGCGAAUGUCACUCCUAGGGAAGCCGCUGAACUACAAUCGCGGCUCUCGCCGCGAUGUUCGUUACCGGCGUCUCCAGAGUCGCCUCUACAACUUCCUGGAGCGUCCGCGCGGCCUGCAUGCCAUCUUUUACCAUGUGAUGGUAUUCCUGAUGGUGUUCACAUGCCUCGCCCUGAGCGUGUUUUCCACCAUCAAGGAGUACGAGGACGACGCCGUGUACAUUCUCUUUCGGAUGGAGAUCCUGGUUGUCAUCUGGUUUACGAUGGAGUUCGGUGCCCGACUAUGGUCGUCGGGCUGCCGGUCGCGCUACCAGGGCUGCCUGGGGCGUCUGAAGUUCGUAAAGAGACCAUUUUGUAUUAUAGAUAUUGUCACCAUUUUAGCCUCAAUUGUAGUAUUAGGCAUGGGCACUUCGGGCCAGGUGUUCGCCACGAGCGCGUUGCGAGGCCUGCGGUUCUUUCAGAUACUGCGCAUGGUGCGCAUGGAUCGUCGUGGAGGCACCUGGAAGCUCCUCGGUUCGGUUGUAUACGCACACAGACAGGAGCUGAUCACAACCAUGUAUAUAGGAUUCUUAGGUCUAAUCUUUGCAUCAUUCCUGGUCUACAUGUGGGAGAAGGAUGUCAACGACAAGUUCAGCAACUUUGCACAGGCCCUCUGGUGGGGUGUGAUCACACUGUGCACGGUGGGCUACGGCGACAUGGUGCCCAUCACCUGGCAGGGCAAGCUGAUUGCCUCCUGUUGCGCCCUCCUGGGCAUCUCGUUUUUCGCUCUGCCGGCGGGAAUCCUGGGCAGCGGCUUUGCACUGAAGGUGCAGCAGCAGCAGCGACAGAAGCACAUGAUCCGACGGCGCCAGCCGGCGGCCACACUCAUCCAGGCCGUGUGGCGGUGCUAUGCGUCCGAUGAGCAUUCCGUGUCUGUGGCCACGUGGAAGAUACACCAGGUGGCUCUGCCCAGUCCGCCGGCUUCACGCGCGUCCUCCAGCUUUAAGCACAACACAUCUUUCGUGGCCCGGCUGCCCACAAUUAGGCGACACAAGAGCCAGACCAUCCAGACCCCGGGUGCCGAUGGCAGCGGCCUGUCCAAGCCCCCGGGCUCGUCCCGUGCCUCCACACGCUACACUCGCACCAUUCGGGACAUCAAUGCAUCCGUCGAGAACUUGGCCCAGCCCAGUGGCCAGCUGGCCAACUGCAAGCUCAGCUCCAGUGCUGGCGCUCUGGCCCAGUUCUCCCACCAGGCGUCAUCGGUCGAGGAGGGUCCGGGCCAGGCCAAAAGCGAGUCUGCCUCUAGAAAUCUAACCAUUCCCGUGGUGCUGUUUGGCUUUCUGCAUGGCAGCUUAUUCGGCUCAUCGCUUUCGCUGCGCAAUACCCGGGUGGCCCCCACAAACCCUGCGGACCUGGAGGCCGGCCAAGAGGACCCCAAUACGGAUAACUUUGAGAGGAACAGCACGAUGACGCUGCCAGUGCCCACCCAGCGCCGCAGUGCCAGUCCGAGUCCGAGCUCGGGAAGUGGUCGGACGGGUCGAUUCUUUGCAGCCGCAUCGCAGUUCCUGGAGACAGGAUUCUCGCACAGAUCGGCUGCUGCUGAUGGUGGGCCGAACGGGUCCUUCGGUGUGGCAACUAGCAACCAAAACCUAACGCACAAGUCAAUCUCUCUGAUUCACAAAUUGCCCGCAGAUGAGGAAGAUGAGCCGCGCUGCACGCAGCUAACCAAUAGACACAAGACGGCCAUUCGGUUCAUUCGCAAGCUCAAGUACUUUGUGGCACGGCGCAAGUUCAAGGAGGCCUUGAAGCCGUACGAUGUCAAGGAUGUCAUGGAGCAGUACGCAGCUGGCCACGUGGACCUGUUGGGUCGCGUUAAGAUGCUUCAUUUGCGUUUGGAUCAAAUCCUGGGCAAACAAGGCUCCAAGGCCAAGGACGUCUAUGCAUCUAAAAUAAGUUUAGCCUCCCGUGUGGUUAAAGUCGAGCGACAGGUCGCUGACAUAGAAGAGAAGCUGGACGUGCUGAUCAAAGCCUACAUGGAGGAUCGUGAUAGAUUCUUGGCCCUACCCCUCCCAGCAAAGCCCAGCAAAAUACAUUCCAUUAGCCCUAGCCACAAUCCCCUGCACCACACUCACAACCUGUCGAUGAUCGAUGUUUGGAAGCGCACCGCGGCACUGAGUGUGCAUCCAGAGCACACACCGACCGCCACUUCGGCCACAUCCACGGAUGGCACAGAGCUGAGGGCGCUCACCUCCACGCAGACAAUCACAACGACAACCGAUGUGAUCGCCACGCAAACCCCGAUGCCGCCUCACACGCAGCAUACAUCGACCAAUACCAAGUCUUCCGUGCUUAACUCAUAUCAGCUGGGGUCUGAGAAGCAGCAGCACAAUGAUGUUUUUAUGACUGAAUUAGAUAAUAGGACCAAGAAACGUGUUACGUUAAGCCUGCAUAGAUCCACAUCGGAGCCAUAUAGCAAGCAGGAACAGCGCAUUAGUAUACCAGACGAGGGAGCACAAUCCCUGGAGUGCGCUGCAAAGGCAACGCCGCCAGAUAGUUCAAUUAUCCUUAUCGACGAGUAUGAGGACUUCGAAGAGGAAGAUCUGAACUGCGAGGGCGAAAUGGAACAUUUCCCAUCGUGGGAGAUCGACAGCGACAUUGGGGUCGACGUGGAUGUGGAUGCUGACGGUGACGGUGACUGUGAUGAGUCCACUGAGGACACGGCCCUGCUGCACUGUGCCACGCGCACCGCCAUUGUUAUUACACCAAUUAGCCCAGUAAGCUCCGCACACAAUCUUCAACAGUUAAAUGACCAAACUACAACGCUUAAUAAAUCAAAUUUGCUUCCGCCAGACUCUGGCUAGUUAAUUGCA